GUUACAACGGGAUUUUCUCGAGGAUCGUUUUGUCGUUCCUUCUUCCUAUCGUUUGACAGCCUUCGAUACACGUUCUUAAAAUCAUGUUCUGGACCCUGUUCCUCUCAACGGUUGUUGCUGUCCAAGCAACAGUCUAUCUACCACCUACGAUGAAGGAGGAACAACUGCUCACCGAUAAUUUUCUUCGUGAGCUGAUUAACCAAAUGGGAGACGAUCUCGUGGACGUCGCUGACUCGUACAUGGAGUAUCAGGACAAACCGAAAGAAAUUCCCAUCGAGUUACCGGCCGAAUUCGACGGCAUGGACACGUUGAAUCCUAAUCCUAGCAUUCGAGAUCAAGAAUAUUUACGGCAUAGUUCCUUGUGGAGUCAUCAACGUAACAAAGAGCCGUAUAAUAGGCAGAAAAUCAAGCCUGGAAGUAUAAAGAAUCUUAAGGACGAAAAAACUGAGAACGCUUUACCGGCAUACUGUACACCACCGAAUCCUUGUCCUGUUGGCUAUACGAAUGAAAAUAACUGCAUCGUAAAUUUCGAGAACACAGCAGCAUUCAGUCGGGACUAUCAAAGUGCGCAAGAUUGCAUAUGCGAUUCUGAGCAUAUGUUGUAUUGUCCUGUCGAUUCAACGAAUACCAACAGUCUGCCAAGCAUGCAUAUACCAAGUUCCAACUUCGAUCAAAUCGUUGAUCAAAUUCAAGCUGAGGAAAAUCCAUUCUUCAGAGGCGAGAAGUUACCUAUUGCAGCGAAAAAAGGUAUAAAUGUCGUGUACUAACACAUGCGGCAUAUCUUACUUGCUAAGAGAGAAAAUUUUGCGUAUCUAAACCAAGAA